AUGGUUCACACAAUAAAUUACCUUAAAGAAGACGGAAAACCCGAUUUAUCUACUAGAUCUAUCGUAGAUUAUUUUAGAACCAGACCUACAACAUUAUUCGAGAUCCCUGUAUUAAAAAGCGAAACGUCUCUGUUGAAAACGUUAAAUCCAAUACCAGGGUUAAGCGAAAUGACGUUGACCAACUGGAGUUUUUAUGGGUUGGGGUUCUUUGCAUGGACUGUCGAUUCGUUAGACUUCUUCUGUGUGUCCGCUGCUGCAUCGGAGAUGGCCCAUACCUUGCAGGUCGAUAUUACCGAAAUUACUUGGGGUGUCACGUUAGUCUUGAUGUUGCGAUCUGUCGGAGCAUUCAUAUUUGGUAUUUUGUCUGACGCAUACGGCAGAAAGUGGCCGUUUAUAGCGUGUUGUGUGAUUUUCAUUAUUUUGGAAAUUGGUACUGGGUUUGUUCAGACUUAUACUCAAUUUUUAGCUGUGAGGGCAUUGUUCGGUAUAGCCAUGGGUGGUAUGUACGGAAAUGCGGCAGCCACAGCUUUAGAAGAUCAACCAGAAAGGGCAAGAUCGGUAUUAUCAGGCUUGUUUUUGCCUGGUUAUAACUUUGGUUACUUAUUGGCGGUUGUGUUUUUCCGGGCCUUUGAAUCCACAUAUAAAGGCGACCAAGGAUGGGGAGCAUUAUUAUGGUUCUCAGCAGGAUUACCAGUAAUCUUGAUUUUUUGGAGAUUGUGCCACGGUGAAUCUGUUGCAUUCUUAAAGUUACAGGAAAAGCGAGAAUUAGAAGCCAAGAACAAUCUAGAACCUAAGAAUAUGCUAAAGAAAGUUAAAGAAAGAAUCCUCCCAGUAUUCAGGACUGAAUGGCUCAUGUUUAUUUAUUUGGUUGUUUUAAUGUCAGUCUAUAAUUUCAUGUCUCAUGGUUCCCAAGAUUUAUAUCCAACUUUAUUGGUUAAGCAGCAUAACGUAGGACCUGAUAAGAAGACUGUUCUCAUGGUUAUCGUUAACUUGGGCGCUAUGGCUGGUGGUGUUUUCUUCGGCCAAUUGACAGAGUUAAUGGGAAGGAGGUUAACCAUUAUUAUUUGUUGCAUAAUGGGUGGUGCAUUUAUUUAUCCAUCAUUUUUUUCCGAUGAUUUGCCAACGAUGACUGGGGGGUAUUUUUUUCUUUGUUUUGCGACUAUGGGUGCAUGGGGCGUAGCACCGUUACAUUUAAUGGAAUUAGUCAAUAAGGAACACCGUGUUUUCUUAAGUGGAAUAGUAUAUCAAUUAGGCAAUCUUACCAGUUCUGCAGCUUCCACUAUUGAAGCGACGAUCGGAACUAGAUUUCCGUUAAAUAUAGGUACAUCAAGUGACUCAUAUGAUUAUGGUAAAGUCAUGGGUAUUUUCUGUGGAGCCGUUUAUGGUGCUAUGAUUAUAGCCAUUUUCUUUGGUCCUGAAAGAUUCCAUAGAGCAUUGAUUAUAUCAGACGAUAUUAUCGAGGAAGUAGAUGAAUGUUCGAGUGAUAUUCUGGUGUACGAACAGAAACAUGAGGUGAAUUGUAAAGUUUGA